CUUCUUCUGCAGUCUAUAUAUACCCGAGUGACAAGAACAUUGAUUCAGAGAGUCGUGUGUGCCGUAUUCAAAAUGAAGUUUGUUGUGUUCUGUCUGCUCUUCGCCUUGGCGAACUGCAAGGUAUAUGAUCGGUGUGAGCUGGCAAGAAAACUGAAGGCUUCUGGACUGGAUGGGUACCGGGGAUACAGCCUGCCAAACUGGGUGUGCUUGUCAAAGUGGGAGUCCACUUACAACACUACAGCCAUCAAUCACAACUCGGAUGGAUCCACGGAUUAUGGGAUUUUCCAGAUAAACAGUCGCUGGUGGUGCGAGGAUGGAAAGACCCCACAAUCCAAGAAUGCAUGUGGCAUCUCCUGCAGCCGUGAGUAGGACUCCACCCAGAUAACCCA